AGGGACGGCGUGCGGAGCUGGGGUGAGGCGCGGAUCCCCGCUCGGCCGGGCGUUUUAAUAUUUUUUUUUUUUUUUUUCCCUUUUUAAAAUUCUUUACCCCUCCCUUCGCCUACCUGCUUUCCCCAUGGAGUUCAAGCUGGAGGCGCACCGCAUCGUCAGCAUCUCGCUGGGCAAGAUCUACAGCGCGCGGGGCCAGCGCGGCGGCCUGAAGCUGCACAAGAACCUCCUGGUGUCGCUGGUGCUGCGCAGCGCCCGCCAGGUCUACCUGAGCGAGCCGGGCUGCCCGCCCGAGCCGCCCCCCGCCGCCGCCGCCGGCCACCCCGAGGAGGAGCCGCCGCCGCCCCACACCGCCGCCUGGGCGGCCGAGGAGCCAGCGCCGCCGCCCCCGCAGGACGAGGCGGGCAGGGACUGCCAGGGCCCCCGGCCGCGGCGCUGUUGCUGCGGCGAGAACCGCGGGGGCUGCGCCGGGGCCCCCCCGCCGCCGCACUGCCCCCGCAAGCGGAGCGCCGGCGAGCGCGGCCAGGCGGGCUCCCCGGUGAAGAAGCCCCGCCGCGAGGAAGAGGAGCCACCGCCGCUGCCGCCGCCACCGCCGCCCUCGCCACCGGGCGAGCAGGAGGACAUGGAGACAGGCAACGUGGCCAGCCUCAUCAGCAUCUUCGGCUCCAGCUUCUCGGGACUGCUCAGCAAGGAGCCCAAGGGCCGGCGGCGACCGCCUCUGGACGGCGGCGAGGCGGCGGCGGGCACGGCGCCCGCCGAAGCGGCGGCCGAGCCGGGACAGAUCUGCUGCGACGAGCCGGUGCUGCGGACCCUCAACCCCUGGAGCACGGCCAUCGUGGCCUUCUGAUGGCCCGGCCGCAGAGACUGGCUCCCCGCCGCGGGCCGGGGGGCCCGGACGUGACACCCACCGAGC